CGACACCUGCAUGAUACCAUAUAUGAUACGAUAUACAUGUAUAUAAAGACCUUUAUAUCAGUAUUGCUCUCAAACACAUGAUGAGUCAGUGGUAACAAUUUAUUUUGGUGGUGACGUAACCUCUGUGUGUUUUCCCCACCCAUAUUCAAAUAUUUAAACAAACAAAUAUGACGAAUUGAAUACAGGACGAAGAAUAAAAGCAUGAAAUCAGGAAGCAACACAGUUGGUAUCAACCACCAAAAUACAGAAGUGUCAUUUCUUUCUGAAGAUUGAUGCAAGCAUGACUUCUCAGUAUGUUUUUCACCUAAUACUUGCUGCACUCAUGGGAAUUCACAGCGAAAUUGUGACAGUGGGGGAAGUGUCAGUCAAGGCCGGAGGAUCCAUCUCCAUCCCAUGUCUCUAUGAUCAGAUCUACAAAAACCAUGUGAAAUACUUGUGUAAAGGUUGGAAAUUCUGGUCCUGCUCUAUAAAAGUUGAGACAACAAAAGAAAAAAAGAACAUAACUUCAGGAAGGUUCUCAAUCUCUGACGACGCAAACCAAAAGAUCUUUACUGUGACUAUCAACAACCUGACGGAUGAGGACAUUCAGAGUCAAUACUGGUGCGCAGUGGAGAAGAGGUCUUAUGAUGUAAAAAAAGAACUUCAGCUUUCCGUCACCACCACAGGUGUGCCGAGCCUAUAUGUGGACCAGCAGGAAAUCAGCACAUUUGAAAGAGGAAGUGUGACUGUCAGAUGCCGCUGUGAAAAUCCCUCCAAAAUACAGUGGUGCAAGCUGAACGGGACGUGUGUGACCGAUGGGCCUGGAUCCAUUGAUGGAACAACAGUGACCAUCAAUGCAAGUGUCUCCAAUGUUUUCAGUGUGUCUAUGAGUGGACUGAGGACCAAGAACAGCGGCUGGUAUUUUUGUGUCAACGAAAACUUUGCGAUGCCAGUGCGAGUGACUGUUCAUGAGUUACCUGCUACUACUGCAACCACAAUCAGCCCCAAAACAGCAAGAACGUCUCCAACUACUACGCAGCAUUCCUCUCUGUGUACGAGUGCAAAGCCACACACAGCUCAUCCCACAAACUCCACCCUGAAUGGCACAUUGGGAGAACACACAAGUUUUACCAAGGUUAUGAUUAUCACCACCACCCUCAUUUUACUGCUGUUGGUUUUUCUCAUGGCCUUUUUUGGAUGGAGGACAAUGAUAAGGAUAUCUAAGACCAAGCCUGAGCGGUCUGACAGGACUCUGGGCUCACAAAUUGGGAGUGAUGCUGACACACAUUACGCUACCAUUGAUGAUACUCAACAUGCAGCAGCGCAGCACCAGAAAAAUAUACCGGAAGGGAGUGUGACAUACAGCACCAUUGUAAUGAAGACCGAACCAGAAGGAAGUGUGACGUACAGCACCAUUGUAACGAAGGACGGCGCACAACAAAUGACCGAACCAGUAGAAAGAAGUGUGAUCUACAGCACACUACAGACCAAGAGCAUGUGAGGGCCGAGCUGAUGAAGUCAUUCUGCUGUACUCUCAAUUUGGAGUAUCUUUCAACAUUCAGAGAGAAAUUCAUGUAAAUUCAUGCAAUAACUUUUCCAAGUUGUAAAUAUAUAAAUAAAUGUAAAUGUUUCAUGUAAAUGUAAAUGUUUGACUAGUCCGACCUGCGUGAAAUUAAAGUGGUCAGUAUGAGGCCCCCUACCUAAAAUGAGUUGACACCCCUGCUCUAUAACAAGAGCUAAUUCAUUCGGACUUGCCAUCUUGUCUUUCUGAGUCAAUUACCGUAAGUAUUGUAAUAUUUAGUCGUCAAGUCGGACAUUUAGACUGAACGUUUAAUAUUUAAAUUUCACAUUUCAAAUGUUACAUUUAACAUUUACAUUCAUAUUUAACAUCUAUAUUCAUGAAAUGUCAGACUCAAAGAAAUUAAAAUAGACAAUGUAAUAGGUCUUGCUCUUUAUUAUUGUGCAAAUAAAAAAGGAAAAUG